AUGAAGGGUACAGCAUUGUUUGUAAUAUUUUUAGCUGUUGCAUCAGCUGAUAUUUUCCGAUACGAUGGGUACAAAGUGUACCAAGUUAUUCCGACAAACGAAAUUCAUGCAGAAGUAUUGAAGGUCUUUAGAGAAAAUGAGGAAUAUGAUUUUUGGAGUAAAACCAACAUUCUUGGAGAAUCAGUUAAUAUCAUGGUUAAACCAGCACUUCAAAAUUCUUUCGUAAAAAUUCUUGAAACCAAUAAAAUUGAGUAUUCUAUUCUUAUUGAUGAUGCCGAAAGUGUAUUUCAAGAAGAACGUUUACGUCAGACUCGAGCACCAAAAAUAGAAAAAGGAAAAAUAAGCUUUGAUAAGUACCACAGAUACGAAGAUAUCCAAGCUUAUUUAGAGCGAUUGCAAGUCGAUUACCCAGUUAAGGUGGGAACCAUUGGAAAAUCUUACGAAGAAAGAGAAUUAUCUUACAUACAAAUUGGAGAUAAUCCAAAUAAUCCAACGAUCGUAUUAGAUGGUGCUAUUCAUGCUCGCGAAUGGAUCGCACCUGCUAUGGCACUUUAUUUAAUUCAACAAUUGGUGGAAAAUGAGGAAUACGCGUAUUUAAGCGAAAAUGCUAAUUGGGUAAUUAUCCCUGUUCUAAAUCCUGAUGGUUACGAAUACACCCACACUAAUAAUCGUAUGUGGCGAAAAACUCGUAGUCGUGGAAACACCUGUUACGGUGUUGACGCUAACCGUAACUUUGGUUACAUGUGGGGUGGUUUAGGAACUAGCAGCAACGAAUGUUCCGACAUUUAUCACGGACCUUAUGCUCAUUCUGAACCCGAAGUCGCUGCUUUUACAGAUUUCGUUCUAGGACUUAAUAAUGUUGAAUUAUAUAUAGCUCUUCAUAGUUAUGGACAAUGGGUUAUUUAUCCAUGGGGUUAUGAUUUUAUUCUUCCUGAUAACGUCGAUGAUAUUCAUUAUUUGGGCGAACGAAUCGCUGACGCUAUUAAAAGCGUCAAAGGCACUUCUUACACUGUUGGUAAUUCAGCAAUUCUAUUAUAUCCAGCUGCGGGAUGUUCUGAUGAUUGGAUGAAAGGUGCUGGUGGUGCUGAUCUUAGUUACACUUUAGAAUUACCUGGUGGGGGAAGCCAAGGAUUUGAUCUUCCAGCUUCAAGAAUUUAUGAUGUUGUAAUUGAAACCUUCCAAGGUAUUCUUGCCGCUUACGAAUAUAUUGUAGAAAAAUAA